CCCACUGUUCGUGCCGUGCUAACGAAGCAAAAAUUGCCGUGCUUAAAGGUGUUUCAUUCCAUCGCGCCGCGUCUGGAACUUCUGCUGCUAGCUAGUCCUUAUUCUUGUGCCAAUUCGGAACGAAAUCCUUGUCAGUCGUUGGACAACACUUCAAGGAUUCGUACUACAAGUUUUCUUGUGCCGGCUUUCCGUUUCCGAUUCGUAAAACUCUGUUGUUCGGUAUCGUCGAUUCUAGUGCUGAAAGUGUUAAAAACUGUGCUUACUGUUUGAGCUGUAGUUCUUUAAGAUGUCCAGCAAGGUGCUUUUGUCUAAGGAUCCUAUCUAUCAACAGAUCCAAGAGUAUUACAAGAAGCAUGGUGCUUCUAUCAACAUCAAAAAACUCUUCCAAGAAGAUGAUAUUCGUUUUGAUAAAUUCAGUCUAAAACUAUCGACUCCGGCCGACGGUGAUAUUCUGCUGGACUAUUCCAAGAACCGGAUCACCGACGAUGCUUGGAACAUGUUGCUGGAACUUGCCGAGUCACGCGACGUGGUAAAAACCCGAGACGAUAUGUUCGGUGGUGAACGUAUUAACAUCACUGAGAACCGAGCCGUGCUGCAUAUUGCGCUGCGAAAUCGGUCAAACCAUCCGAUACUUGUUGACGGGAAGGAUGUGAUGCCCGAGGUGAAUGCCGUAUUGGCGCACAUGAAGGAAUUCACGGAGCAAGUACUUAAUGGGGUUUGGCGCGGUUACACUAAUAGGAAAAUCAGUGAUGUUGUCAACAUCGGUAUUGGUGGAUCCGAUUUGGGUCCCUUGAUGGUAUCCGAAGCCCUCAAGGCGUACAACACAGGCAUUCGUUCCCACUUUGUUUCCAACGUUGAUGGUACGCAUAUUGCUGAGACGUUGAAGAAGCUCGACCCAGAGACAACAUUGUUUAUCAUUGCAUCGAAGACCUUUACCACACAGGAAACUAUUACCAAUGCCACCGCCGCUAAAAGAUGGUUCUUGGAGCGUUGCAGCGAAAAAGAAAACGUGGCUAAGCACUUUGUCGCUUUGUCUACCAACAAGGAAAAAGUGGCUGCCUUCGGCAUUGAUACUAAAAACAUGUUCGAAUUCUGGGAUUGGGUUGGAGGCCGCUACUCCCUGUGGUCUGCUAUUGGCCUCUCCAUUUCGUUGGCGAUAGGUUUCGAUAACUUUGAAAAACUUUUGGAUGGUGCUCAUUAUAUGGAUCAGCACUUUUUGUCCGCUCCAUUGAACGAAAACGCUCCGGUUAUCCUGGCGCUAAUGGGUAUCUGGUACUCUAACUUUUACGGUGCCGAGACGCACGCUCUGCUGCCCUACGAUCAGUAUUUGCACCGGUUUGCCGCCUACUUCCAGCAAGGCGACAUGGAGAGCAACGGCAAGGGUGUCACCAAGGCCGGUGAACGAGUUGACUUCAACACCGGCCCGAUUGUGUGGGGCGAACCGGGAACCAACGGACAGCAUGCAUUUUAUCAACUGAUUCAUCAGGGUACUCGUCUUAUUCCGUGCGACUUCAUCGCUCCGGUCAUCACCCACAAUCCGGUGGAGGACGGUGCCAUGCACAAGAUCCUGUUGGCCAAUUAUCUUGCUCAAACGGAAGCACUGAUGAUGGGCAAAACCGAAGAGCAAGCUCGUGGCGAUCUGGAAAAGGCCGGCCUGUCCGGCGAUAAGCUCGAAAAGCUGCUUCCGCACAAGGUAUUCACCGGAAACCGGCCAACCAAUUCGAUUCUGGUGAAGAAAAUCACCCCAUUCACACUGGGUGCCCUGAUUGCGAUGUACGAGCACAAGAUCUUCACCCAGGGUGUCAUCUGGGAUGUGAACUCGUUCGACCAGUGGGGCGUCGAGCUGGGCAAAGCACUGGCCAAGGCUAUCGAAGUGGACCUGGCGGACAGCAACCUAACUACCUCGCAUGAUUCAUCCACCAACGGGCUCAUUAAUUUUAUCAAAAUCAACUGGGAGUAGAAUGUUACCGGUUGCUGUUAAAUUAUUUUCGAAUAAAAGAUAUGUUUUCCUUUUUGUUUUAAAAUAACUUUUUCAACGUAAGCUUACAGAUAAUGGCGCUAAAAUUGACAGUAAUCUCAACAUUUGUGAAGAAUACAAACAACUUGCUAAUUGUGAAACUAUUCAAAGGCAAAAUUAUCGCUUUUAAAAUAAAUAUAGCACACAUGUUAAAUGAAA